CAUAUAUUGAUGUUUCUCAUGUUUUUGGCACUUUUUUUUUCCCCCUUUUUUAAGGAAGUUUUUACAACACGUGUGUAUCAUGCUGUCGUAAGCUUUUUGAAAAAAUCUUCGUCACCAAGCAUCCUGGCAAAGAACUUCAUUCAUAGACAGUGAUGGAUCCGUCCUCGUCCUCAGAAGCUAAAGAUCUUUUAUGAGGACAGCAGUCUAAAUGGGGUCAGUUGCCUUCUCUUGAAAAGAAAACAUGAAAGACUUCUAUUUGUUGACUCGGUUUACAGUCUUUGUCAUGGCAAACUUCCAUCGCUUAUCGACUUCUUCCCCCCCUCCAACUGCUCUAAACCUCUACCAACGAAUCGGAAGGACUAGCCCAACCCAUACCGCAUCAUCCAUGUCUACCACCAACAAAUGGAGCAUAGCUGAGGACCAUACAUUGAUCUCUAACCCCUCAAAGCACGACAACUAUCGUACUGGAUACCCCAGAUCCACUGUUAAGUUUUUUCUUUUCUUCCAUUGUAUCUCUAUCAAUGAUUGUGUAUUCCCUUGAAUUCUUGAUAUCUUAGAGCUGACAACUUUUGGUAACAUGCAGUAAGAAUUUUCCUUGAAGCAUGGACAAAAAUUGAAGGAAACUAAGAAUGUGUUAAGAGAAGUAGGAAGAGACCCAUUUGAAGGUCUGGUCAUGAUCGAUGCUCUCCAACGCCUAGGCAUCAACUACCAUUCCAAGAGGAGAUUGGAGCUGUUUUACAUAGCCAAUAUGUGAAUCGCAGUGCAGGUCGUUAUCCUCAACGUGAUCUUUAUGAGGUUUCUACUUGCUUUCGACUGUUCAGGCAAAAUGGUUACAAUGUGCCUACCAGUAGGUGUAUUUUCUUCGAAUCAACGUCAUUGUAAGCUGGAAAACAACGAAACCCAAAAAUCUCUCUAGAAAGCAUCCAGAAUAUUGUGUUAGGACUUGGCAUCUUUGCGUUUAUUCUGGAUGGAACUCACUCUACCAUUCAUAUAUAUAUAUUUUAAAAUUCAUAGGUUAAAAAAUGAGUAGUGUAUUCGCCUAAUGAUGAGUAGUAAAGAGUUUAUUGGUGUUGGAACAGAUGUGUUCAAAAACAUCAGGGAUAAGGAGGGAAAGUUCAAAACAGAACUACAUGCGGAUACAAGAGGGUUGAUGGGUUUAUAUGAAGCCUCACAGCUGAGCAUAGAAGGAGAAGAUAUUCUUGAUCAAGCAGCAGAAUUUAGCGCCCAACUCCUCAAUGUGUGGAUGACAAAUCUUGAUCACCAUCAAGCCAGAGUCGUAGGUAAUACGUUAGGGCAUACUUAUCACAAGAGCCUUGCAAGGUUUAUGGCCAAAAGCUACCUUGGUGAUUACAGAGGCCCCAAUGGAUGGGUAAAAAGAUUACAACAACUAGCAAAACUGGAUUUUCAAAUCGUUCAGUCCGCACCCAGAAGGAAGUACUUCAAGUUUCCAAGACAAUGGAAGAACUUACUCUCUUCACAGAAGCAAUCAACAGGUAUGUAUUUUUCUCAAUAUUGUCUGUGGUCUCCAGUUUUUUCCCAGCUCAGCAAUGUAAAACAAUUACGAGCGCUAUCAGGUGGGAUAUUGCGGCUGCCAAGCAACUACCCUGCGAAAAACGGUAUCAUCACAAUAUUACCAACUAUCAGCAAAUUAGCUGAUCAAAAAAGUGGUAAUUUUGCGUGAAACUCCAAAUGCAUUAUCGCUAACAGAGAGCUGAUUUUGCAGUAGGCAAGUUUGUGCAAUGUGUUCUUAGUUGAAGUGAAAUGAGUUGCUUCUGGGCAGAUGCCAAAUGUAGAAGAGUACUUGAAGAACGGGAUUAUCAGCUCAGGGGUUCACGUGGUGUUGGUUCACACAUUCUUUCUCAUGGGUCAUGGUAUUAACAAGGAAAGUGUCGAUAUAGUGAAUCAUAAUCCAGGAAUUAUAACUUCUGUAGCAACAAUUCUUCGUCUUUUGGAUGACUUGGGAAGUGCCAAGGACGAGAAUCAAGACGGGCAUGACGGAUCCUACGUCGAGUGCUACAUGAAGGACCACAAGGGUUGUUCAGUUGAAAGCGCAAGAACGAAAGUGAUUCACAUGAUUUCAGACGCAUGGAAGCUGUUUAACCAGGAAUGCCUACAUCCAAGUCCAUUUUCCACAACUUUCACCAAGGCUUGUCUUAAUACUGCAAGGGUGGUUCCUCUGAUGUACAGCUAUGAUGACAAUCACAGCCUUCCAAUCCUUGAGGAGCAUAUGAAGUCAAUUCUUGACGGAAGUGUGUACUUGUAAAAUUCAAGAAAAAUAUAUUAAGUCAACUUGAGUAGACAAUACUAAACUCCUAAUACUGGCUGAAAUAGAGUGUGGUAGGCCAAACAUAACGACUCAGAUUGGACUCCCUCGGGCACGGUCCGAGCCCAAGAUGGCGCUUAGAUCCAACGUCGCCGGAAGGGCACGCUUGGCAGUAGACCAAGCUCAGAGAAAGGUCUCAUCCCAUCGACCCGAUGCCUCGGCCGCAAGAGGAAUUAUCCAGCUCAGCCAAAGAGUGGGGCUUGUAGAUGGCCCCACCACUUCUCCGUCUCUCCGAGCCUUCCGCCUAUGAGCUCGGCUGGAGAUAGGGCUCGGCCCAUUUCCAAUACCACGCUCCACCCCAUGCGCUGAAGCGGUUAUGCCAAGAGAUAAUGAUUGGUGCACAUGGGGGUGCCAGCUAACACCAGAAACGGUUACCAGAUCUCAUCGGUGACAUCACAAUGACGUCAGCCGACCCAUGCAAGGCACAUGACCGUACUUGGAGAGCAAGCCACGCAGACUCUAUAAAUACCAAGUGAAGCAGCCCUAAAGAGGUACGCACAAAAUCUCACACAAAAGCCCUAGUCUCUUGCUUUGCUCUCUGCACAUUCUCAUCCUUUCGCCGGAGGGCUUUGCCGGGCAACCCCGGCCAGGUCUUAGUCGUGCGUUCACUGUGUAGGUUAGGGCAAGUAGGCUAGGUAACUCUCAAACCAACUGAAGAAGAGCUUAGACCAAUGAUCAACGGGCCACACAUAGAGAGCAGUGAUAUAUAAAAUAAUUAACAUGAUGCUAAGAGAAGUGCAAAUGCUCUUCCUUACCAAUCUAAUUGAAUUGCGGCUCAAAUUGGAGUACAAUUUUGGAUUCAAAAUUCAAAGAAAACAGUACAACAUAUUUCCAGUUUUCGACUCAAGAUUCAAAGAAAACACUACUACAUUGAAAAAUGGGGCUUCCUUUGGGGGUACUGUUUUUGGAGUUUGAGUAUUUCCUAGAUGUCGGAGUGCUUAUUGGGGGAGGCAAGGCGUUGGAUUGCAUCAUAGUGGGCCUUGGGCUGCAAUGGCCGAAGCUGUAGGAGUUGAAGGCUUUCUUGUAUUUGGCGAAGAGGGUUAACAUGUUCAGGGUUUUACUUGCUCAGUGACCAUUUCACUCAAGGUAGGCCUCAAUGUGGAAGAAGCAGAAGCGGAAGGAAUUUAAGUGGCUUUUGCGUCAAUCUCAGCUAUGGCAGAAAAUUUUCAUACCAUUAAUCAAGAUGAAAAUCAAGUUACAUAAUAAGCUAAAGAUUAUUUCUAACAAACAACAGAAAUCCAUUUAAGUAACAUACGAGAAAAAAUUUAGCUACUCAUCUGAAGGCAUUUCUAGCUUAUAUUGGAAGUAACUUUUUGACUUGCCAAGCUCCACAAGCUCCUUUGCUUCUUCUACCUUUGACUCCUUAACCAAUCCAUCUACCACAAGUUGCAUCAUCGACACCCCAGUAUUACACUGCCGAGUUAUAGCCUCCUUGCACAACUCCAGAGCGAACUCAAACUCACCCUCUUUGCAAGCAAAGUUGCCAAGGAUUCGUAAUGUCACUGGAUCCGGGUAACAAUCAUUCUUUCCCAUUUCCUUAUACCA